UGUUUGAGACGUGCCUCCUGGAGUUAUUCCAAAACUGCCGGAAAUGCUUAUCCCGUUGCUCUGCCGAGGUAACAGCUACAGGCACAAUGAUAAGUGUGAAAACCCGGUGCCACGAUGGACAUGAGCUGACAUGGGAGAGUCAACCUGUGGUCAAUGGAAGGCCAGCCGGAAACCUUCUGCUGUCAGGUUCCAUAUUCUUCUCUGGAGCAAAUGCAGCACCAACUCUGCGAAUGCUGAAGCACAUAAACGUGCAAACGUUCAGCCUCACAACAUUUUACAGAUACCAAAGCUGCUUUCUUGUUCCAGCCGUAGAGAAGGUCUGGUCAUUGGAGCAGAGGCAACUUCUAGACCAGCUGGAUGACCAGGCAGUAGAUGUAUCGGCAGAUGGGAGGUGUGACUCUCCUGGGUUCUGUGCAAAAUAUAUGACAUAUAGUAUCCAUGUGGAUCAACUGAACAAAAUAAUUCAUUCCGUCCAAGUUCAACUGGCAGAGAACGAGAGGGUGACAGCAAGUGUCAACAUGGAAAAAGAGGCGCUCAUCAGGAGUAUUCAGUUUCUAAAGGAGCGAGGCAUAAAGCUGAACUCCAUAACAACAGACCGUCACCCUGCCAUAAGAACGUACCUUGAGAAGGAAGAACCAGCGAUAAGGCACUUUUUCGACAUUUGGCAUAUCUCAAAAAGUGUGAAAAAAAAGCUGACCGCGAUCAGCAAAAGCGCCAACUGCCACAGCCUAGAGAGGUGGAUCCAGGCAACGUCUAACCACCUGUACUGGUGUGCAAAAGCCAGUGGAGGAGAUGCUCGGCUGACAACAGAUGCAUGGCUAAGCAUCCAGAAUCAUGUUGUGGAUAUUCACAGUCACCAUAAUGGAUCCUACCCACGCUGCCUUCAUGGUCCAAUCACAGAUGGAGACUGGCUUGACCCCGAUUCUUUGGCUUACAAAAAAUUCAAAGAAGUGACUGGGAACCCACGCCUUCUCAAAGAUGUUGCCCAGAUGUCUGCCAACACUCAAACUUAUGCCCUUGAAAGCUUCCACAGCCUCCUGAUCAGGUUCGCGCCAAAAUCUGUGGCGUUUUCUCCCGAGGGCAUGCUUUGCAGGACUAGACUGGCUGCUCUGCAUUAUAAUGAAAAUGCCCAACGCAGCCAAGCGGAGACACUACGUGGGGACCUACGUUGGAAAAUCAAGAACUCCAAAGCGAAGCAGGGACACCAAGUGGCUUGUCCUGUCAAGACUGCCCCUACAUUUGCCUACAUUGCAAAGCUGCUUGCUGAAGCAGAAGUGCAGUGCAGGUCGCAUGCGUCAUUUCAGGAGGCAAGCAAGCAAAAGCAGACACGGAGCUUCCCAGCGCCGAUGAGCCACUCGAGGCAACAACUGCCUAAAGAAGUCAUCGUGGCUGCCAGGGUGUCAAGACUAGGCACCUGAUAGAGGCACCUGGUCAUGAUCACAUUGCAUAUCUGCUGCUUUCAAGCUUGUUGUCUGUUUGAGGCUCAGAUUUGUGGGUGAGUUAUGCUUAUGUAAAGUAAUUGUGGUAAUCACUUUUCUGUAAUUAGGGCUAUCUUGCUUUCUGU